UGCUGUCCCCACGGAGGACUCUGAAUGCUGUUGUGCAUUCUCAGUCUCCCGCCCCCUCGGAGGCAGCUAGGUGACUGCAGAACGCGUUCCUCCGCUGGCUGGUGGGGAAUUCUGUUUGCGAACCGGAACGAAAGGAGCGCUUGCGACUCGUAUAUUGUUACAGCCGUGUCAAACGGUGGAGUCUAGCUAAGAAGUCUUCAUUUUAAACGGGAGAAGAACUCUGAACAAACUGAGAAUGAAAGAACCUUUGGAUAGUGGCUGUGAGAAAGCAAUGGCACAACAAGGGCUUCUGGACAGAGUCAAAGAGGAGCCUGAUAAUGCUCAAGAAUAUGGACUUCAGGAAAGUGAACUGAAAAUUAGUGCUGUAUUCUCAGCUAAUGACGCUCCUCUUGGCUUUCAGCUUUGUCCACCAUCACCCGGCUCAAAUUCAUCAACUACUCCAGCUCCGACUUCUCAUCUGUUUUGUUCUGGUUGUAAGAAAAUACUUCAUAAGACAGGAUGUGCUCAGCUUUUCUGUUCCACGGAAUGCAUCACGAAAUACUCCUCAGCUGCCUGCCUGCCAUAUCAGCUCAAGAGAAUCUGCACAAACUGCUCCAAAGAGAUUAUUAAUCCAAUGGAUGUGAUCACAGCCAAAUUUGAAAAUUCCUCUUCCUGCAAAGAUUUCUGCAGCCAGUUAUGCCUAUCUUCUUAUGAGCUAAAGAAGCCUGUUGUUACCAUAUAUACCAGCGGCAUUCCAACUAAGUGCACGAUGUGUCAGAAGGUCACUGACAAUUUGGCCCAGAAGCCACUCUAUGCCUUGGGGAAUUCAAUGAAGCCGUCUGCUGAAACGAGUGAGAGUACAGAUGACCCGGGAAGAUCAGAGGUUUUCUGCUCUAUUAAUUGCUUAUCUGCUUACAGGAUUAAGACUGUUAUUUCUUCAGGUCUCCAGGUUUUGUGUCACAGUUGUAAAACCGCAGCAGUUCCUCAGUAUCACGUAGCCAUGUCAGACGGAACUAUUUGCAGUUUCUGCAGCUCCAACUGCGUGCUGGCUUUCCAGAAUGUGUUUAACAAGCCAGAGGGAACAAACUCUUCAUUGGUACCCAUAUCUCCGGGCCAAGAGGUGAUGAACACACCCUUGCAGCCUGCAGUGUCAGCAGGAAAAGGUGCCCCCGUCUCCUCCUUCAGUAGCCCCAUCAGCAAGCCUGCAGCAGCUGCUCUGGAAACUCUAGCUAAACAAUCCCAGCAGAUUGCUUUGACCCAUACGUUCAUGAGACUCAAGUGCCAGCAUUGUAACCAUCAUUUUGCCACAAAACCAGAGCUGCUUUUCUACAAGGGUAGAAUGUUUCUGUUUUGUGGCGAGGUUUGCUGUGAAGAAUACAAAAGGAGAAAUAAAGUUAUGGCUUUGUGCGACUACUGUAAAAUAUAUAAAGUCAUUAAGGACACCGUGCGGUAUUCAGGGGUUGACAAGCCAUUCUGUAGUGAAGUUUGCAAGACCCUCUCUGCUCAAGACUUUGCAGAAAGAUGGACAAACUGCUGCAAGAUGUGCAGUUACUGCUUACAGACAUCUGCAAAUUUUGUAGAAAAUCGACUGGAAGGCAAGCUUCAAGUUUUCUGUUGUGAAGAAUGCAUGUCCAAGUUUACCGCUCUGUUCUAUCAGAUAGCCAGGUGCGAUGCUUGCAAACGUCAGGGUAAGCUAAGUGAGUCUUUGAGAUGGCGAGGCAGCAUCAAGUACUUCUGCAACCUCUUCUGUGUCUUGAAGUUUUGCCAUCACUAUAGUGUGAAUGACCCAGUUCACAAAAAAGUAAUUGUGCUCCCAAAGUCAGUAUCAGUAAUUAUUCCUAAAGCACAAAAUGCUGUGACGACACUCCCUUCUCCAAGGAUUCCUACAACACCAGUUAUUACCAGUGUGAUAUCGUUGGCAAAAAUACCUGCUCUCCAGCCCACCACGAACACUAACAGUGUUUUAACAGGUGCAGGUCCUAAAGAGGUAGCAGAGAUCAUUGGAAAUGGAAGUACACUGGCAGCUGAUGAGAGACUACAGUGUUUGCAGCCUCCCAGGCUUCAGAAGAACAAAGGCAUAUUGUGCAGGCCAGGCACACAGACCAAAGCUACCUCUUGCAGACCACACACCCACCAUGUUGCAUGCCAGACAGAUUUAUCUCUGCCAAAUGGGGAAAACGAAGAACCUGAUUCUCCACUUGCAAAGAAGAAAAGAGUGGACUUUAUCCAGACUUGUGAUGCAGAAUAUAUAAAAUCUGGUUUUAUUAUCUGUUCUGAAUCAAAGGAAAGUCCACCAAGAGCACAGUGUGUCAUUUGUGGAGAGAUCUUACCUCAAGAAAGCGUAAUGUCAGUCAGUCUCUCUAACCAUUUGAAGGCAAAACAUUCUGAGUUAGAGAACAAGCCAGGAGACUUUUUUGAGGAAAAAUCUCUUGAAAUCGAAUGUCAAAACAGUCCUUUAAAACAGUGUUUACUAGUUGAAGAGUCGCUUGUGAAAGCUUCUUAUUUAAUUGCUUUCCAAAUUGCUGCCAGGAAGAAGCCAUUCUCCAUCGCUGAAGAAUUAAUUAAACCGUAUUUGGUAGAAAUGUGUUCAGAAGUUUUGGGUUCAAGUGCUGGAGACAAAAUGAAAACCAUCCCUCUUUCCAAUAACACAAUUGGAUGCAGGAUCAACAAGCUGUCUGCAGACAUUGAAGACCAGCUGGUUCAGAAGGUCAGAGAAUCCCAGUGGUUUGCCCUUCAGAUAGAUGAGUCAUCGGAGACGUCAGACGCCACCCUUCUCCUCUGCUAUGUUCGCUUCAUCGAUUAUGCAUGUGGGGAUGUGAAAGAAGAAUUGUUAUUUUGUACUGAACUGUCUUCUCCGAGCACAGAUCUCGAAGUGUUUGAGCUAAUAGAUAAAUAUAUUGAUAGUAGAUCUCUGAGUUGGAGCCAUUGUGUUGGUUUCUGUACUGAUGGGGCCACAAGCAUGACUGAUAGAUGUUCUCGUUUAAAGUCAAAAAUUCAAGAAGUUACCAAGAAUGCAGUGACAUUCACACACUGUUUCAUUCACCGCGAACACUUAGCAGCAGAAAAGCUAUCUCCAUGCUUACAUGAAAUCCUUUUGCAGUCAGCACAAAUUUUAAGCUUUGUAAAGAACAGUGCCUCAGAUUCACAAAUGUUGACAACUCUGUGUGAAGAGAUGGGAUCGGAGCAUGUGAACUUACCACUUAAUGCUGAAGUUCGUUGGCUGUCGAAAGGGAGAAUUUUAACAAGAUUAUUUGAACUGAGACAUGAAAUUGAAAUACUUUUAAAUCAAAGGCAUUCAGAUUUGGCCAGAUAUUUUCAAGACAAGGAAUGGGUUGCAAAGCUAGCCUAUUUAGCAGAUAUGUUUUCACUUAUAAAUAAGUUAAAUUCUGCUCUCCAAGGGACUGUGGCUACUCUUUUCAAUUUGUAUAACAAAGUCGACAUAUUUAAGAAAAAGCUAAAAAUAUGGGUGGAGCGCACACGAGAGAAUGAUUAUGACAUGUUCCCUUUGUUUUCUGAGUUCUUAGACUCCUCAGAUGUGAGUGUGAGAAGCAUCACUGGCAUUAUUGUUGAGCACUUAGAAGGACUGGCUCAGGUUUUCCAUGACUGCUACCCCCCACAAGAGGACUUACGUUUGGGAAAUCUGUGGCUCGUUGAUCCCUUUGCCAGUCACCAGAAUAACAACCUCACUGACUCUGAAGAAGAAAAAUUAGCGGCAUUAUCUUUGGAUACGAGUCUACAGUCAGCUUAUAAAUCAAUGUCUGUAACUCAGUUUUGGGUAAGCGUAAAGACAGGCUACCCAGAACUCCAUGAAAAGGCAGUGAGACUCUUGCUGCCCUUUUCCGCCGUCUGUCUAUGCGAUGCCACCUUUUCAGCCUUGACUGCAUCCAAACAAAGGAACCUCUUGGGUUUGGGUUCUGCCCUAAGACUUGCAGUCACGUCAUUAGUUCCAAGGAUUGAAAAAUUGGUAAAGGAAAAAGAGUAGUAUCCAUAUUGCUUAUCGUCAGAGUCUUUAAUUUUGUGUUAAAUUUUGUAUAAGUAUCCUAAAAUACAUUUGCUAAUGUAUUUGUAUUUUCAGUGAUUAAAUGUUUUAAUAAUUUUUCCUUUGUUGUAGAGGGAUUUAAGAGUUAUGGAACUUACACAUAAUUAUGUAUAAUUUUAAUAACACAAGGGAGAAAAUUUAGCCUUUAUAUUGGUGAUUGCUCUUGGGGUUUCAGAAGAAACGUCUUGCUUAGGGAGUUCUCCAAGAGACCAGGCCAACCUGCUUGUCCUAAUGCAUCAGUUAGAGGUAAGCAUUGGUGAAGGCCAGAGAAGGACUGGGUUAGCGGAGCCAGGUUGAGGAGAACGGGUUGACUCAGUGAUCCCACCUCAGCCCUUUGUUUUGUUUUUUGUUUUGAGACAGGCUGUCCGGGAAUUCAUUAUGUAGAUCCCACUGCCUCUCCCCCAUCUCCUCAUGCCUCCCUCACCCAGUGAUGGGAUUAAAGGUGUUGGACACAGUGCUGGACUCCCACCUUAGUCUUGAAGGGGCUGACAGGGACCUUGAGCUCUCACAGAAAAGGGAAACAGUCGAGGGUUGGGGUGUGCCUGACAUUGGUCUUCUUGGUGUGGCUAGUAAUCUGAUUGGAGAAGUUCCCGGUGUCAUCACUUCAGAGGAGCAGUCUGGCUUCUCUAGGGUACAGCCUCACCAUAAUGGCAAUUGCCCUCAUUUAAGCCUUGCCAAGCUCCCUGUUGCUUGGAGCUAGUUUUGGUCCUUUACUAUAUAUUAUGUUUAUGGGUCAGUUCUGGGUUUCCUAGAGUUCAAGGUAAUUACAGGAGAAAGUGACCCGGGAAGAAAGUGGCCAAACAGAGCUCGGGGGGAUAAAACAGACUUAAGUUAGGUCAGCCACCAGUGCUCACUCCCCUUUAUGACCCAGUGCACAGGAACCGAAGGCCCACGUCAUAGUAUCAUGGCACAGUUUGACUGUUCAGUUUGCUUUUAAAAAAUGUGAGAGCCGGGCGGUGGUGGCGCACGCCUUUAAUCCCAGCACUCGGGAGGCAGAGGCAGGCGAAUCUCUGUGAGUUCGAGACCAGCCUGGUCUACAAGAGCUAGUUCCAGGACAGGCUCCAAAGCCACAGAGAAACCCUGUCUCGAAAAAAAAAAAAAAAAAUGUGAGAAGUUUUAGGCAGCCAAGCCAGCAGCCCUCAGAAAGUUACAGAUGGAUGGAAAGCAGAUCCAAGCAGGUAGGUGCCCAGCAGGAAGUAGAAGCAGCAGCAGCUUUGGGGGCUCCUCUUGGACCUCUAGACCAGGACUUGGAAUUUUUUGUGGGGAGUUGGGGGAGAUGAGGCUUUGCAGUGUAGUCGUUACUGGCCUAUUCGUGCUGUGUGCUAAGUCCGUGCUGGCAGUGAACUCCGGGCAGUCCUCAAGCCUCAUCCUCGUUCCGUAAUCCUAUUGGAAUUACAGGUGUGCGCCAUCACGCUUGGCUGUAGCCGACGUUCAUAAAAGGUCAGAUAGUAGGUAUUGUGUGGCUCAUCCACAGUGUACAAACGUACUGUUGCCCAACAUUCCUUUAUCCGUGCACACUGAGAUGUUAUUUUUAUGUAAUUUCCAAAUGUGAAAUGUUUAGUCAUUUUAAGAUUAUUAUUAAUAGUAUUUAUCUUUUCCUUUUUGGUGUGUGUUAGAACCAAAUACUCGACAACCGGCCAAAUUUGACCCUUUGUUUGCUGAUCUGGAUAAAUUCCUGAAAUCUUCAAACAUCUCUCACGUUUUAUUUCAGUUGAGCGAUGGGAGAGGCAGAUAUUUUAGGCAGAGGUGAACGAGAAAAACUUGUAGUUACUGGUUACUGUUUUAUUGAGCAUUAAUCGUUUGGUUCAGUGGUGUGCAAAUAUCUUUCUCAAGGCCAGUGUGCAACUCCUUAUGGAAGGAAGCAAGCCCAGAGGCCAGAGGCACACAAGGCUGGGUGGUGUCAGAUUCCUCUGGCUGGGGGUGGCCCCAAGGCCAGGUCAGGCAGGCCAGAACCAGACCGCUAGUUUGGGCUUACCGAGUUGUUCUCUUCUCCAGGUGGGAGGGGGUAGGACUUAAACUUCUGGCCCAGCAUGCUGUCCCCAGGCCAAUUUAGAGCUGCAGAAAUGGUGGAACCAAGGGGUCCAGGAGGAUGAAGUGGGAGGGUGACUGAGCAUGCUUCCCCAUCCCACAUCACCCAGUGUUCUAAUUUGAGGGAGGCUAGUGAGGCAGAAUUUUAUUUUUUCUUUGUUUUCGAGAUGGUCUCCUUACUGGGAACUCACUAUAAACCAUGCUGGCCUCAAACUUGCGGAGGUCCACCUGCCUCUGCCUCCCAAGUGCUGGGAUUUAUGGCUUGUACCACUGUAGAAAUCUCCUUUUAUAAGCUUAGAAACUAGUCCUGAUGGUAAAAUGUAAUUUGCCGAAAGUUAACAUACCUAGUCAAACAAGGCCCAAAGCAGACCUAACCUAGACCCCACAGGGUCCUAGGAAAUCUGGGAUGGAAUCCUGGAAAUCACUUGGCUAGUUCCUUGUCCUGAGAAAGUCCACCGAUACUGCCAGGCUCUGUGGAAGACCUGUGUUACCUACUCCCAAGCUUGCACACUCUUCCCUCCCCCAACCUAAGGUGGUGGGUUUUGAGGGGCAGAUAUGGUAAGAACCAGACAGUUUAAACUCUCUGCAAGUGUCUUACCUGAGGCACUUGGACCACAUACUCCAGGGUAGCUUUCAGAUGUAACCCAACACAAAAUUGUAAAUUUAAAACACGUGGUUUAGUAAAAGUUUCAUUUAUGGGGUUCUGGAGCAACUAUGUAGAUGACCUUGUGUCAUGUCAGAAGAU